UACCACAAAAAUUACAUUCCCCUUUUCACACCAAACCCACACCCCUCUCAAAUUGAUCACUCCAUUCCACCCUCUAAUGUAAUCUAUUCAUAAGUAACCAUUUUAUUUUUGGGACCUUGAGAGACAUAACAUAACAUUCAUUUAUCCAACUUUUGGCUUCACCACCCUUCUCUUUUUUGGGGCUUGAUUGUCUUUGUGCUUGAUCUGUUCCUUGAUGGAAAACCAAUUCUUUCUCAAUGCUGGUGUGCCCCCUCAGCUGCAUUUUGAGCCUUCAGCACCACCUCCUUGUCCACCCUCAUGGCAAUCACUGUCUUCUGCCAUGGAUGUUCAAGUCACAGUUUUGAAUUGUUCGACUGAGCAGACCCAGGAUUGCUUCUACACCCCAACAUGGGACAAGUCAACGGAUCACGGUCUUCAGUUUGAUUCAGCACUGAGUUCAAUGGUGUCUUCUCCUGCAGCUUCCAAUUCCAACAUGUCAAGUGAGAAUUUUGUCAUCAGGGAAUUGAUUGGAAAAUUGGGAAACAUUGGUGGUGGUGGUGGUGAUGAGAUCUCACCUCAUUCUCAGCCUUUGGUUUCUGCAUCUCCCUACAUCAAUGGCAAUAACAGCACCAACACUUCAUGUUACAGCACCCCUUUGAGUUCUCCUCCAAAGGUGAACAUGAACAAGAUCCCCUCGGGAUUGAACCACUUAGUGAAAGAGGGCAUGCCCUUGAAUUCCAGUGUAGCAGAAUUCUCAGCUGAUCCUGGCUUUGCUGAGAGGGCUGCAAAGUUUUCUUGCUUUGGAAGUAGGAGUUUCAAUGGGAGGACCACCCAAUUGGGGCUCAACACUAAUGCUGAAUUGGCUCAGAGAUCUUCUCCAUUGGUUGAAAAUGGGAAGCUCCCUAGAGUCUCAAGUAGUCCAUCAUUGAAAGUGCCUGGAUCAAACAAGAAUUCUCCAUUGCAAGACCUAAUGGAAGUUGCCAAUUCCCAAGAGGAAUCCACAAUCUCUGAACAAACUCCAAAUGGGGACACUGGGGUGAAACCUUCCCCUUAUAUCAACUCUAGGAAAAGAAAAGGUCCAUCCAAAGGAAAAGCCAAGGAAACUUCAACCUCCACCAACCCUCCUACGGCUGCUGAAGCUAGUGAAGACUCAAAUGCAAAGCGCAGCAAGCCUAAUGAACGCGAGGGAAAUGAGAAUGGCCAAGUGAAGGCAGAGGAAGAAUCCAAACGGGGUGCUAGUAAUGCUAAUGAUGAGAAACAGAACAAGAGUAACGCAAAACCUCCGGAGCCUCCAAAGGAUUACAUUCAUGUUAGAGCAAGAAGAGGACAAGCCACGGAUAGUCAUAGUCUAGCAGAAAGAGUUCGGAGGGAGAAAAUCAGUGAAAGAAUGAAGCUUCUCCAAGAUCUUGUCCCAGGUUGCAACAAGGUCACUGGCAAAGCACUUAUGCUUGAUGAAAUUAUAAACUAUGUUCAGUCAUUGCAGCGCCAAGUUGAGUUUCUGUCUAUGAAGUUGGCUUCUGUUAACACCAGGCUGGAUUUUAGUAUUGAGAGUCUAAUCUCAAAAGAUAUAUUUCAAUCAAAUAAUUCUUUGGCACACCCAAUAUUCCCAAUAGAUUCCUCAGCACCAGCCUUUUAUGGGCAACACCCUCAGCCAAACCCAGCAAUCCACAAUAACAUUCCUAAUGGAACUGUGACCCACACUUCAGUGGACCCAUUAGAUACUGGUUUGUGCCAAAACCUUGGCAUGCAGUUACCACACCUAAGUGGGUUUAAUGAAGGUAGCUCUCAGUAUCCAAUAACAUUCUCUGAAGAUGACCUCCACACCAUUGUUCAGAUGGGAUUUGGCCAAACUGCAAAUAGGAAAACACCAUUACAAUCUCAGAGUUUCAACGGCUCAAAUCAAGUACCCCUAUGAAAGUUAAGCUCUGAUCACCAUUCAUUACGCCUGAAUUGAAGCUCAGAGGAAAAUCAUAGGAAGACUGCUGUUGUACACAACAAGAAGAGAUUUAAUUUGAACGACCCCUUGAAUUAUUAAGCCAUUAUUUUCAUCACUAGGUCUAAUAGAAGCCUCUUUUGUCCUUAUGUUAGCCAUUUCUUUUCUUACCCUUAAUUUCCAUGAUUUUAAUUUUUAAUCAUCAGGCUCAGGGGUAGUUCUUCUCAAUUUUAAUUUUUUAUUUUUAUUUUUACAACUAUUCACUGUAAAAUCUUUAGGACCGAUUCUGUAUUCUCUUGGUGCAAUUUCUUAUUAUUACGGCACCAAUUGUAAGAUAUAGUGCUAAUUAAAGGAGUUUUUCUACUACCC